UUGUUUUAAAACCGAAUGAGAAUUUUUUUCCUUUGAUCUCCCAAUUAACAUUUAAUUGUUUCUAAUUUUGAUUUAUUUAAUUAUUGGCAUGUUUCUCAACGUCAUUUUGUAAUGUGUACAUUUUAUACUCUAUUAUAUGAACAAUCAAAGUUUCUACACAGGAAAGAAAUGUUGUCACCGGAAGAGAGAUCAUAUUAGAAAUAGAAUAUAAAAAACAACGUAAAUUAGAUUCUAAACCUUUGGUCAUCAUUUUGGAUGAUGACUACAUCACAAGUUUCACCACCAUUGAGAACAUUACCAACCAGUGUAACCGAGUUGGAUAAAAAGCUAUUUAAACAAGCUCAAGAAGUAGCUGAGAAACAAUUUUCCACUCAAAUUUGUACACCAUUAAAGGAUAAAACGGGAAUACCAUCUUCUUUUCGUGAUAAUAAAGACCACAAAGAGAAAAAGGUUAACUCUUAUUCCAGUAUAAACUGUUCGGGUGCAGAAACACCCGGCAAUGGUUCAAUUGUAACAGGAGGUGGCGGUGGAGGCUCUCCUACAAUCACCUUUAGAUGUCCAGCCGCAAUUGAAUUUGGAAAAUUUGAAAUCGAUACCUGGUACUCAUCUCCUUACCCUCAAGAAUAUGCUAGAUUGCAUAAGCUAUUUAUUUGUGAAUUUUGUCUUAAAUACAUGAAAAGUAAACCCAUUUUAGAAAGACAUUCAACGAAAUGUGUUCUUUUUCAACCACCAGCGACUGAGAUUUAUCGUAAUAAUCAUCGAAUCGAUGAUGAGGAUGUUCAAUUAAGUGUUUUCGAGGUAGAUGGUCUUGUUAGCAAAAUCUAUUGUCAAAAUUUAUGUCUUCUUGCAAAAUUAUUUCUCGAUCAUAAAACUUUAUUUUAUGAUGUCGAACCUUUUCUAUUUUAUGUAUUAACCAGAAAUGAUGAGAAAGGCUGUCAUCUUGUUGGAUAUUUCAGCAAGGAAAAACAUUGUGCACAAAAAUAUAACGUUUCUUGUAUUAUGACACUUCCUGUUUAUCAGAGACAAGGAUAUGGACGUUUUCUCAUUGAGUUUAGUUAUCUACUUUCUCGCCGUGAAGGAAUGGCUGGUACACCUGAGAAACCUUUAUCUGAUCUUGGUAAAUUAUCUUACCAAUCUUUUUGGAAAUCAUCAAUUCUAAAAUAUAUCCAUGAUAAGGAGACAAUUAAUUUAGAAGAAAUUUCCAAAGAAACUGGAAUGAAUGUACAUGAUAUUGCAUCUACUUUGCAAACCUUUGACAUGAUUGAUUACCAUGAUGAGGAAGGAUCUCCCAAGUAUAAUAUUAAAAUGAAAACGGAAAUGAUUGAAAGUUUACGUAAAAGUAGAUUAUGGGUUGAAGAAGAUGGACUUCGUUGGACACCCUUAAUUGCGCCAAAUAGUGCUUGCAGUCAAGAUGGAAGUGGAGCCGAAGAAGAUGAAAUACUUCACUCCGAAUUAACUAUAGAUGAACAAAAAAUUAAAAGUGGUCCAAUUGGACCGGCCAAACAAUCAUUGAUCCCACUGCCUUCUAAUAAUGAUUCAACCAUUUUAACUUCAAAAUCUUCACGAAAAAAGAGAAGAAGAAAAACCAAAACUUGGUAUGAUUCUCAGAAGAAAAGGAAACGCAGAUCAGACAUGAAAAGUUUGCAUGAUGGAAACAAUGCUCUUGAUGAUAAUGAAAGUAACGAUGUGAAAAUGGAAAAUGGUGCAGGAGAUGAUCGUGAUUUGGACAAUGAACAUGAAAAUCGUGAAAUGGACAUUGAACAUGAUGAAGAUGACAAUACUAGGAAUUCAAUUAUUUAUUCAUCUCGCAAUUCACCGGAAGAUUUUGGUUCAUCAACUGAAGAGGAGGAAGGAGGUGAAACAGUUGAGCUUACCUUUAAUGAUAGUAUGACAAGUGAUAUUGACACCACUCCGAUAAUAGAAACCUGCACAUAAUCAGAGUGAACAGCGCAAACAAUUAAAAACAAAACAAUCGGAAAAAUUUGCUUAAUUAUCACAAUUAUAAACCAAAAAGAUUUCAAUUGUAAAAUUGUAAAUCUUGAAAAGUUUUUGAUUAACUUCUGAUGGAAAACAAAAAAAAACUCUGGAGAAGUUGAAACUUUAAUAUCUAUUAAUUGACAGCGAAAGAUAAAUGAUAACCAAAAUGAUAUUGUGUUUUACUUCUGAAACAAACUAUCCAAUUACAAUUAACUAAUUAUGUUCUCAAAAUUGAUCACAAUUUACUUUGAUUAAGAUAACAAUCCACAAUUAUUUUCGUACAAUUAAUAGUCGAAACAUGAUUCAAUUAUUAUUUUUUGUUCUUUUUUUUUUGUUAAUCAACCUUCUUUUCUUAAUUGUAAAACAUUGAAAAUCGAAUUGAAUUUAUCUUUUAUCAAAUUUAAUUCAAUGUAAACGCGAAAGUGAUUAAUUUAUUAACAAAAUUUGUCGGCGAAAUAAAUGUUCGAUAUAUCGAAAUUGAAGAAACGAUAGUAUCGAUUCUCUAAAAAGAAAGACAAAUUUUUGUCUCUUUCUUUUUCUCUUAAUGUUAUUGUUUUGAAACGAAUCAUUUUUUUUGUUGAUCUUUUUUAUCUUUAAUUAUAAUUAGUUAAUUGUUCUCAACCGGUUAAAUUGUCAUCAGCUCUGAGAAUAGACAAUCUGAUUCUAUAAUUUCAUCUGUUUCCAUUCUGUUACUUUGAGUUAAUUGUUUGUGUCUCUCUUUUUUUCCUUCUUGUUUAUUGACAAUUGAUCGUUGGUUAAAUUGUUUAUUGAAUGAUAAUUGUUUUCUCUAAUUAUUUGUAAUCAUUUAUUUUCAUUAGCAAUUAUUUAUACGCACAGAGAAAGAGAGACAAUAGUUAACUAAUCAAUCUGUAUUUCUUUAGUUAGAAUACUCGUUUAAACCCUUUUCGUUUAAAACUCUAUGAUCGCAAUUAGAUGUUACUAAUAUUCAAAGGAUUCUUUCAACACCUUAAUUGAUCAGCAAUUAAAAUUAUGUAAACUAUUCCAAUUAGUCAUCAGCUGGUUACGCGUAUCAAUUCAAGUUUGACAAUCGCCAAAAUUACCAAAAUCAUAAUCAACCUUUUCCAAUGUGAAUUUGGCUUUUCCUUUACACUUUGAUUGUCCUUUUCAAGAAAAUUCAUUGAAACCAAGAAAUCAGCUGAAUCAGGAGAAUCAACAUAUUCCAUGACUGUACAGAUUUUCCCUUUAACUAUGAUCAACAAAAGAUGAAUCUUAAUUUUUUCCGCAGAAAAG